AGCGCUGGUGGUGCUGAGGAGAGAGCAUCCUCCGCUGCAGGGCUUCACCCAGGCAGGCCGUUUGUUUCGGUAGACUGUGAUGUUAUUAUUAUUAUUACAUGUGAUUUCAUCACCGUGAGUCCAGACUCUGCUCCCGGUGAUCUCACGGUUUCAAACGACCGGUGACUCUCGGAACUCGGCGGCGAUGGUGGAUUUAUCCGACGGUGGUGCAGCGUCGCCUGGACACAGCAGACACGGACAGGGCUCCGGUAAUAACGGGAAGAAAACGGCGAAAAAGUCGCGAACGAGAAGAGGCAAACGAGGCCGGAGAAGAAGGAAUAAAAAGAACAACAGGAACAACAAAACACCGCCCCCGUAUUUCCCACCGGAGGCAGAAGAAGGAAACAUUGAGUACAAGCUGAAGCUGGUUAACCCCACUCAGUAUCGCUUCGAGCAUCUGGCCACGCAGCUCAAGUGGCGCCUGCAGGAGGGCCGCGGUGAGGCCGUCUACCAGAUUGGCGUGGAAGACAACGGCCUGCUGGUCGGCCUGACCGAGGCUGACAUGAAGGCCUCGCUCAAGACCUUAAAGAGGAUGGCAGAGAAAGUCGGUGCCGACAUCACUCUCCUCAGAGAGAGGGAGGUGGACUACGACUCAGACAGAAACACCCGCAAAAUUGCAGAAGUCCUGGUUCGAAAAGUUCCUGACGAUCAGCAGUUCCUGGAUCUGCGGGUGGCGGUUCUGGGGAACGUGGACUCGGGGAAGUCGACGCUGCUGGGCGUCCUGACACAGGGCGAGCUAGACAACGGCCGAGGCCGAGCGCGGCUCAACCUCUUCAGACACCUGCACGAGAUCCAGACGGGACGCACCUCCAGCAUCAGCUUCGAGAUCCUGGGCUUCAACAGCAAAGGGGAGGUUGUGAACUACAGCGAGUCCCGGACAGCCGAGGAAAUCUGCGAGAGCUCCUCCAAGAUGAUCACCUUCAUCGAUCUGGCCGGACACCACAAGUACCUGAAGACGACCAUCUUCGGCCUCACCAGCUACUGCCCCGACUUCGCCAUGCUGGUGGUGAGCGCCAACACCGGCAUCGCCGGUACGACCCGGGAGCACCUGGGCCUGGCCAUGGCGCUGAAAGUUCCCAUCUUUAUCGUGGUCAGUAAAGUGGACCUGUGCUCCCGCGGCACCGUGGAGCGAACCGUCCGGCAGCUGGAGCGAGUCCUGAAGCAGCCGGGCUGCAACAAGGUCCCCAUGGUGGUGUCCAGCCCCGACGACGCUGUGACGGCCGCACAGCAGUUCACUCAGUCUGCAUGUAUCACGCCGAUCUUCACCCUGUCCAGCGUGUCUGGAGAGAGUCUGGACCUCCUGAAGGUUUUCCUGAACAUCCUCCCUCCACUGAGCAACAGCAAGGACCAGGAGGAGCUGAUGCAGCAGCUGACUGAGUUCCAGGUGGAUGAGAUCUACUCGGUUCCUGACGUCGGGACUGUGGUGGGAGGAACUCUAUACAGCGGAGUGUGUCGGGAGGGCGAGCGGCUGGUGGUCGGUCCGACUGACGAGGGCCGUUUCCUGCGUCUGAAGGUGGGCAGCAUCCAGAGGAACCGCUCGGCCUGCAGGGUGCUGAGGGCCGGCCAGGCCGCCACGCUGGCUCUGGGAAACUUUGACCGCUCGCUGCUGCGCAAGGGCAUGGUGAUGGUCAGUCCCAAGAUGAACCCGACCAUCUGCUGUCAGUUUGAAGCCGCCAUCGUCCUCCUCUUCCACGCUAAGACCUUUCGCCGGGGGUCACAGGUCACCGUGCAUGUUGGCAACGUCAGGCAGACGGCCACCGUGGAGUGCCUUCACGGGAAGGACGAGCUGCGAACGGGCGAGAGAGCCGUGGUCCGCUUCCGCUUCAUCAAACACCCAGAGUACCUGCGACUGGGCGCCAAGCUGCUCUUCAGGGAGGGUGUCACCAAAGGCAUCGGCCAUGUAACCCGCUUGCUGCCCCCCUCCCAGAACCACGAUCAGAACCAGAACCAUGACCAGAACCUGCAGGAGCAUUAAAGACCUCCACUUCUUUGUCGGAUGGUGAGCUCUGUGAGAAGACAUCAUCAAGCACCUCUGAUCGGGUUUGUUGUAUUAAUCCGCCCGUCCCUGAUCUAUAGAUCUGUCCUCAUUCGCUCCUGCUGUGAUGUCAGAGUCCACCAUCAUCUUCCUCCCAGCAGGCGUUCGUGUCUUCAUUUAAAGCUGGCUGACCUCGGUGGACUUCAGCCCGGACAGUUAAUCUGAUGUCAUCCCACAGUUCGAUUUAAGAGGCUUCUUUUUCUCGGCUGUCAUGAGACGACAGCAGGAUUUAUUUUUGAAUUUUAAAGUGGCGCAGCACUUCCACCUAGAGCGACGAGGAGAUGUAGCCCUAGUUCUCUGCUGCACAGGAAGGACUGACCUCUGUUCCACACAAGUUCUCCACACGCUCAUACUGAAUGUGACUUUUGAAGAAGAUUAUUUCCAGGAGGAGUUUUGGUUCCUGAGGUGGAUUUCUUGGUGAUAUUUGUGUCGGCUCAUCAAACAUUUAGGACCAUAAUGUUGAUUUUGCAUGUUUCAGCACAUAAACUUCAAGAGGCAUUUUCUGUGGAGCACGGUGGGGGUCGGUUCAUUUUGUGUGGACAGACGAGACGUACGUGCUGCUGAAUCAGCACCAAGUUACUGUAGAUGGAGGGAUUAUGGAGAGAGAGAUGUGGAGACACUUUAGACCUAAACAAUGUUGUUCUUUUAAUUUUCACGUAAGAGUUGAAAUUUGAGAUAUGAAUUUGCGCUAUAAUAAUAAAUAAAAGUUCAGGAAACUAGAAGUUCCAGAGUGGACGACGCUUUUAUAUUAGCUGUUACACUAUCGUUUUUUUUGCCCUGCUCUGCUGGAGGUCCAACUGCAGUCGAUGCUACAAAGACGUCUCUUCAUUAAACUGUGUUUACCAAGCUAACCGCUUUUUUGAAAGUGAGCUGUUGUGGCUAGCUAACACGUUACAUUGCUUAGCUCUGCAGAAACAGUAGCCCAGCGAGUACUCAGUAUGUUACGGGACACGUGGACGAAUGUCACUGUGCUGCUUCCGGAUUAUUUUCACGAUUAGUCUAUAAAAUGGCAAAAAACUGUGAAAAAUACUUGUCACUAUUUUCCAGAGCCCAAAGUGACGUCUACAAAUCGUUUCUUUUGUCCAACCAACAGUCCAAAACUCAAAGGCUCUUCAUUUACUGUCAUAAAUGACAAAGAAAAGCUACAAAUCUUCACGUUUAAAAAGAUGAAACUAGCAAAUGUUUGACAUAAAAGCUUUAAAAAAUGACUGAAAUGAUUAAUCAAUUAUCAAAAUAGUUGACAAUUUUGUUUCAAUCGACUAAUCGAUUAAUCGUUGCAGCUCUUGUGUGUGUGGCAUUUGUUCAUUGGUAACAUAACUUACUUGUUUGUGCGCACAAGCCACCAGAGUUUAGACUGAUUUGAUUUGACGCUCCAGUUUUUAUAUUAUUCUGUUCCUUUGCACUUAAUUCACUUUUAAUCAUCAUUACGAAUCUCUUCUGUUCAGGCAGCAUCGCUCUGUGUCACCUCCAGAUUCUGAAACGGACACCAGCUGACACUUUCUCCUGUUGUUAUUGAUUAGCAGUCCAGCCAGCAGCCAGACGUUUUGUUGCAUUUUGUUGGAGGCUGAAGUGUUGAUGAAUGAUUGGAGGAAGCUGUUGGUUUCAGUUUGCAUUAUGUAAAAGUUUCAUUCCAUCUCUGAACAAUGAUUUUUGGACGGUUUUCUCACAGCCUCACAUUCAGUCUGCUCAGCUCUUUAAACUCGAGUUGCUUUUGAACUGUUGAUGCCUGUACGUUCAAUAAUCUGCAUUUUCAAAAGACUUCAAAAGAUAUUUGCCUCUUCGUUUCCAGUUUGUUCCGACUCUCCGUUCAUGUUUAAUAACGAUGAUAUUUUAAAAGUGUGUAGGUUCGAUGUACCAGGCAGCUUUUUGCAGCUAAACAUAACCUGCAUGCUCUCUGACCGGCAGAAAAAAACUUCUCAUUCAAAAUAUGAAAUGUAUAUCCAGUGUUGAAACGUUUUUUUGAGGUUCUGUGCAAUUGUAAACCUAAAUAUCGAAUGUACUUUCCAUGGAUCCUGUGUAGCAUUUUAAAAUUACUGCUUACUGUUCAGAUGGAGUUACUGUUGACUUUGCCUUUUGUAUUCGGAUUCUGCACGAGUGUUGAUGCCAGCGAGCAGAUCUGCUGAUUCUGCAGAGGGACGAAGAUGCUGAGCAGAGAGGUCGAAGGUUGAGACGACCGUCUGACUCAGAAAUGCUCUGAACUUUUAAAGCGUUAAAGAGUGGAUUUAUCAGUUUGUUUCUCCUGACCGUCCCUCUAGCUAAUCAAUAAACUGUUAAUGCGAAAACUCAAA